AUGCCGCUGAGACUAGAAAUCAAGCGGAAACUUGCACAACGAUCAGAGCGUGUAAAAUCUGUGGAUCUGCAUCCAACGGAACCAUGGAUAUUGGCAAGUUUGUACUCGGGGACUGUUUGCAUCUGGAACUAUCAGUCUCAGAAUAUGCAUUUUUUUAACUAUUUCCUGUUGUGCUAUCUUGCAGUUAGAUCUGCAAAGUUUAUAGCGAGGAAGCAGUGGGUUGUAGCUGGUGCUGAUGACAUGUUCAUUCGCGUCUACAAUUAUAAUACAAUGGAUAAGGUCAAGGUUUUCGAGGCCCAUACAGAUUAUAUUAGGUGUGUGGCUGUUCAUCCCACUCUUCCCUACGUGCUUUCGUCCUCUGAUGACAUGCUAAUAAAGCUCUGGGACUGGGAAAAGGGGUGGUUAUGCACUCAAAUAUUUGAGGGUCAUUCUCAUUAUGUGAUGCAAGUAACAUUUAAUCCCAAAGAUACCAAUACAUUCGCCAGUGCAUCUCUUGAUCGCACUAUUAAGAUCUGGAAUCUGGGCUCUCCAGACCCCAACUUUACUCUGGAUGCUCACCUCAAAGGAGUCAACUGUGUAGAUUAUUUCACUGGUGGUGAUAAACCCUAUCUGAUCACUGGUUCUGAUGAUCAUACAGCUAAGGUUUGGGAUUAUCAGACAAAAAGCUGUGUGCAGACAUUAGAAGGCCACACGCACAAUGUUUCUGCAGUUUGCUUCCAUCCUGAACUUCCCAUUAUAAUAACUGGCUCUGAGGAUGGUACAGUUCGCAUCUGGCAUUCAACCACUUAUAGACUUGAGAACACAUUGAACUAUGGUCUUGAAAGAGUUUGGGCAGUUGGCUAUCUGAAAGGUUCAAGAAGGGUCGUAAUCGGUUAUGAUGAAGGAACUAUCAUGGUGAAGCUUGGUCGGGAGGUACCUGUUGCUAGCAUGGACAACAGUGGAAAAAUCAUUUGGGCAAAGCAUAAUGAAAUUCAAACUGUCAACAUCAAGAGCAUUGGAGCAGAUUAUGAGGUUGCGGAUGGAGAGAGGUUGCCUUUGGCAGUUAAAGAAUUAGGAACCUGUGACCUUUACCCACAGAGCUUAAAGCAUAACCCUAAUGGUAGGUUCGUGGUUGUAUGUGGGGAUGGUGAGUACAUUAUCUACACAGCUUUGGCAUGGAGAAAUAGAUCAUUUGGUUCAGCCUUGGAAUUUGUUUGGUCGACGGAAGGCGAAUAUGCUGUUAGAGAAAGCACAUCAAAGAUUAAGAUGUUUAGUAAAAAUUUCUUGGAGAAGAAAACCAUCAGGCCCACAUUUUCUGCUGAGCACAUUUAUGGUGGCACUUUAUUAGCUAUGUGCUCUAACGAUUUUAUUUGUUUCUAUGAUUGGGCUGAAUGUAGGUUGAUAAGGAGGAUUGACGUCAAUGUUAAAAAUCUUUACUGGGCUGACAGUGGUGAUUUGGUGGCCAUUGCCAGUGACACAUCGUUCUACAUACUUAAGUAUAAUCGUGAUGUUGUGUCUGCUUAUUUGGAGAGUGGGAGACCAGUAGAUGAACAAGGUGUGGAAGAUGCUUUUGAACUUCUUUAUGAAAUUAAUGAACGAGUUCGGACUGGUCUUUGGGUUGGGGAUUGUUUCAUUUACAAUAACUCUUCCUGGAGACUCAAUUAUUGCGUAGGUGGUGAGGUCACAACAAUGUUCCAUUUAGAUAGACCCAUGUACCUGCUUGGAUAUCUUGCUAACCAAAGUCGUGUUUAUCUUGUCGACAAAGAAUUUAAUGUUAUUGGUUAUACACUGCUGCUCAGCCUGAUUGAGUACAAGACUCUUGUAAUGCGUGGUGAUCUGGACAGAGCUAAUGAGGUGUUACCAUCAAUUCCGAAGGAGCAACUUAACAGUGUGGCUCGUUUCUUGGAAUCACGGGGUAUGAUAGAAGAUGCACUUGAAGUUGCUACAGAUCCUGACUAUAGAUUUGAGUUGGCGAUACAGCUAGGCAGACUAGAGAUUGCAAAGGAAAUUGCCUCAGUAGCACAGAGUGAAUCUAAGUGGAAGCAAUUGGGUGAAUUAGCCAUGUCUACUGGCAUGUUAGAGAUGGCAGAGCAGUGCUUGAAGCAAGCAAAUGACUUGAGUGGUUUAUUGCUACUCUAUUCUUCUUUAGGCAAUGCUGAAGGAAUCUCUGAACUUGCAUCUCUUGCUAAGGAACAUGGAAAAAACAAUGUUGCAUUCCUUUGUUUAUUCAUGUUGGGUAAAUUGGAGGACUGCCUUCAGCUAUUGGUCGACAGCAAUCGGAUACCUGAAGCUGCAUUGAUGGCUCGGUCUUAUCUCCCUAGUAAAGUUUCAGAAAUUGUCGCUCUUUGGAGAAAGGACCUUAAUAAGAUCAAUCAGAAAGCUGCAGAAUCUCUUGCUGAUCCUGAAGAAUACCCUAAUCUGUUUGAGGACUGGCAAGUUGCUCUUGCUGUUGAGGCCAAAGCUGCUGAGACAAGGUGUAAAUAUCCUCCGGCAGCUGAAUAUUUGCAACAUGCUGAUAGAUCAACGGCUAGUCUUGUAGAAACUUUCAGAAACAUGCAAAUGGAUGAAGAACACCUGGAAAACGGAGAAUUGGAUUAUGAGGAUGCAGAGCCAAAUGGAGAUGAUGAAGAAGCACAAGAAGAGCCAAAGGACGAGCAAGUUGCAGUUCAUGACGACGGCCAAGAAGAGGCUGUUGCAGUCGAUGUCGACUCAAACGAUGGUGCUGUACUUGUGAACGGCAGUGAGGCUGAGGAAGAGUGGGUUUUGUUUCUGUGCUUACACCGCGUCACUGAGCCCAGUCAAGACAGACGGUUCCAGCUGUGCAUGGAUCAUCUCAUGGAGGUUGGAGGCGCGACUAUACCCAACGACAACCACGAUUUCAAUGUCCGACGACCAUCUGUCGGGUACUUACACCUCCGACCACUGCGGUUGCUCUUCGGGGUUGCCGCACAAGUUUUCGACUGA